CUCUCUCCUUCCUCUUUAGCGGCUCUUAAAGUCCAUAAAAGCAAGGUCUUUAGAUCAUUGCAGAGUGUGAAAUAAGCUUCUGCUUUUCUCCUUGAAAGCAAAAGAUAGAAAACGACUCUUGCAAAAGCUCUCCUAAGUAUACCCCACAUCAAAGAAAGAAAAAUCUUCAAUAGAAAGGCUCCAUUUCACAGAAACAAAGGCAAAAGAUUUCAGCAUCUGUCAAGAUUUCAAUGAUCUUUGAAACGAAUCCGAUGUGGGUUUUUCUCAUGCAAGCUGGAUUUUUCAUCCUUGUGGAGUUUGAAGAUUGAUUCUUCAAAAAUAAAAAGGAUUUAUAAGAAGAAGAGAAAAAGAAAAACAGAUUUUCAUCCAUGUGAAAGUUUUGCUUGUUGGGUGCUUUUGUUGAUCUUUUGUAUUGUAAAAGAGAAGCUUUUUAAAGAUUCUACUUGGGAUUUUUACGUUGAAUACGAGUGUUUUGGUUUUGUGAGAGAGAGAAGAUGGAAGAAGAGAUGGAGAAUGGUAGUAACAGGGUUUAUAGAGGUGAGUGGACGUCGGAGACGUCACGAUGGAUCAAAUGGUCAUCAGAUGUUGCAGCUCAGGGAAAACAGAUUUCCAACUAUGGGCCAUCGAGCUCCGACGAAUCGACGCCGUUCGCAGAGAAUAAACAGAUUUGUGUUCCUCCUCUUCAGUUCCCAGAAUUCAGUGGGCCAUCACCUGUUUGGGGACAAGAUCUUCUUGGCAUGAGAAGUGGCCUUAGUUACGAUCAUCGGUUAGAUUGGACCGUUGGUGUCAACAUGAUCAAACAAGAAAACCCAAGUUAUGAUUUGGAUCGCCAUUAUUUCCCGGCCAAUUUUCCAAUAUUCGGUCGCAAGAUUCAGGAAAUGCCUGCAGUCUUUCCGGCAACGGCGAUCGUCGGAGAAGAAGAGAUGAGCCCAUCCUCAUCUAACAAAGCUCCUUUGACAGAUCACAGUAACCAGCUUUUGUUCUACAGUAACAUCACACCAUUUUGGAAGGCCUCACUCGAGAUGUCUGGAGCCAAUCAGAGCUCCCGUGGGCCAUGCCAGGAGAGGUCCAGUAGUGGAAAUGUGGCCCACAAGGUAGAAUCUUGCAGUAUGGAUUCAAGCACGGACACCAAGAAAAGCAACGGCGAAACAGCUCCCAAACGGCCACGAUCUGAAUCAAUGGCUCCAUUUACGACCUUCAAGGUUCGAAAAGAAAAACUCGGUGAUCGGAUCACUGCAUUGCAACAGCUCGUUUCACCGUUUGGAAAGACUGACACUGCUUCAGUGUUGUUUGACGCGAUUGAAUACAUCAAACUCCUCCAUGACCAAGUAACUGUACUAAGCACUCCAUACAUGAGGAUGAUUGGAUGUCAUGCACAUAUCACAUGGCCCCACAAUCUUUGGACUCCAUAUCCCUUUUUAAAGGAAAAAAAUAAGAGAGCCAGGAAAGGUGUGAAGGAAGAAAGGAAAGAGAAGGAACAGAGCUGGGUCUGAGAAGUAGAGGGCUAUGUCUAGUGCCCAUAUCCACCACCUUGCAUGUGGCCAAAGACAACACUACAGAUUUUUGGGCACCCACCUUCGGAGGAACCUAUCGGUAGGCAGUAUAAAGGAAUCUAGUCUCACACCAACGAGAGGGGGGGGGGGGGGGCAUGAAAAGCGAAGUGGGUGUACAUAGUUAGGUGGUAUUGGACCACUAAGGACCCAAAAAAAAAAAAAAAAAAAACACAUGCAUGACACAACAACUAUAGGGAUACCAAAUGGCCAUUUUUACGGAAUGUAUGCAGACGUUUCUAUUGUAUUUGAUUGUAUGCCUCUACUAAAGAAUGGUGGCUGAGCUUGAA